AGGGGCGUUUCUUUACACUGGUCUAAGCGUCGCUGCCAGAGCUUACCUGUCAGGUUGAAACUCCAAGGCUGUAAAGACCGUUUUAUGACAGUAAACCUGACUUCAAGCGGAGACACAACAGCGUCAUGGAGUCUCCAGUGAAGGAUUCCCCCGUCAGAGCGGGUUUUCACAGACUUGAGGUCCAGAAAACGACGUGGGACAUCCCGGAGAGAUACACGACGCUGCGGUCGAUCGGCUCCGGAGCUUACGGGACAGUUUGCUCCGCUAUUGAUCAAAAGACCAAGGAGAAAGUGGCCAUCAAGAAGCUGUAUCGGCCUUUCCAGUCCCUCAUCCAUGCCAAACGGGCCUACAGGGAGCUCAGGCUGCUCCGCUAUAUACAGCAUGAAAAUGUGAUCUGCCUUCUUGACGUCUUCACACCUGACUCCACACUGGAAAAAUUCCAAACCUUUUAUAUGGUAAUGCCAUUUGUAGCCCAGGAUCUCGGCCACAUUAUGAAGAAGAGGAGAUUAAGUGAUCGCAUCAUCACAUACCUGUUCUACCAGCUUCUAAGAGGACUCAAGUAUAUUCAUUCUGCAGGGAUCAUUCAUCGGGAUCUGAAGCCUGGUAAUCUUGCUGUGAAUGAGAACUGUGAGUUAAAGAUUCUAGAUUUUGGCUUGGCAAGACAGACAGAGAGUGAGAUGACUGGUUAUGUUGUGACACGCUGGUACAGAGCACCAGAGGUCAUAUUCAACUGGAUGCACUACAGUCAGACAGUGGAUGUCUGGUCAGCUGCCUGUAUCCUGGCAGAGAUGAUUACUGGCCAAGUACUCUUCCCAGGGCAUGACAGUAUUGAUCAGCUGAAAAAGAUCCUCCGCCUUACAGGAACACCAGACUCCUCCCUGGUUCAGAAGAUGCAGAGUAAAGAUGCGCAGUCAUAUGUGCAAGGUCUCCCUCCGCAAAAGAAGAAAAACUUCAAGGAAGUGUUUCCAUCCAUGGAUGAAAAUGCUAUAAACCUAUUGGAGGGGAUGUUGCUGCUGGAUCCAGAGAUGAGGCUGACGGCUGAGCAGGGACUGUCCCAGCCCUUCCUGGCUGAAUAUCAUGACCCAGAGAGUGAGCCAGAUUCUGAGCCUUAUGAUGACUCCUUUGAGAGCCUGGAGCUUGCUGUUGGCGAGUGGAAGAGUCUUAUCCACAUGGAGAUCAUGACCUUCGACCCUGACAGCCCCAGUAAGACAGCCAUGUAGGCUGUGAUGUGCUGAGAGCUCCCGGUCUUUAUCUUUAAUCCCUGCACAUGCUGUAAAGAUCAACAACACCAUCAAACUCAGAGAAACACAAAAAUAAAAAUAUCUUGAGAGUC